UGAAAGCGCUGUCCAACACGUGAGGCUCAUGUGACGGAGGUAGGUCAGUUUCUGAGCGAGAGACGUGUCUGUAGUCACAGGGUUUAUUUAACACGUAGCGCAAUCCACCCACACUCAUACACUUAACCAGGACUGCAGCUUCAGGACGACUGCCGACCACGUUUGGAUGGCAGUGUGGCAACAUCGUCUGUUAUUGAACUAUUCCAGAAAAACAACAUCGGGGAAAUAACAGUAAAGCAAACAUACAAACGAUUUAUUUAAAUAAACAGACAGACCUACGGUGGGAACAAAAUUAUUCCAAGGACAUUAUUGGCAAAACUAUAGAAUAUUGUUUUGUAUACGGUAGAAUAAGUGGAGAAAAUAAAGUAGAUUCUAUUGUGUAUUUUGGGGUUUUACAAAGAAACUAAAUGGAAAGGAUUACAAGUGCGCAGCCACCACCUUGUAUGGCAAAGCACACGUCGCUGGAGAUCGCUGACAUGCAAGGAAUGGAUUUCCCGAUGUACGUGUAUAAACCUAGACGGGGCAUGAAACGCGGGGAAGACAGUAAGGAAACGUACAAGUUACCCCACCGGUUAAUUGAGAAGAAAAGACGUGACCGAAUAAACGAGUGCAUUGCUCAACUGAAGGAUUUACUGCCGGAGCACCUUAAACUUACAACGCUGGGACAUUUGGAGAAAGCGGUGGUGUUAGAGCUUACCCUCAAACACGUGAAAGCGCUGACCAGCCUCCUGGAACAACAGCAGCAGAAAAUCAUGGCAUUGCAGAGCGGCAUGCAAAUCAGCGAGCCGCCCCCUCCCUGCCCCAGCACCAGCGAGGAGGUGUUCCGCUCAGGGUUCCACAUGUGUGCCAAGGAGGUUCUCCAGUUCUUGGCCAACCAGGACAGCGGGAGAGACCUGUCGCCCUCCCACAUGAUCAGUCACCUGCACAAGGUGGCGACGGACCUGCUGCAGGGGGCGCCCGGCCCCUACGCAGAAGAGCCCCCCCACAAAGUGCCGGAGCGCAAGGAGAAGCCUGCCGGAGCCCUGCCCAAGGGUGCGGAGCUCCACGGGAAGAACUGCGUGCCCGUCAUCCAGAGGACCUUCCCCCAGGGCGGGGAGCAGAGCGGCAGCGACACCGACACAGACAGCGGCUACGGCGGGGAGCUGGAGAAACGCCACUCCAAGGCCCCCCGGCAGGGCCUCUACGCCAAGGAGGGCGGCUUCGGCUACGCGCUUUCCGAGAGGGGGGCCGAAGGCAUCAAGCAAGAGGAUGAGGAGCCGCGAGCCAAGCGCCAGAGAGUCGAGUCCUCCGAGGACGAGUCCCUGUCGGGAGGAGAGAUGAUGGGCGCCGGGUACAUGGGCUUCUCCCCCCACCAGCCCCCCCUCUGCAUGCCCUUCUACCUCAUCCCCCCCGCCGCUGCGGCCUACCUGCCCAUGCUGGAGAAGUGCUGGUACCCCGGGGGCCUGCCCGUCUUAUACCCCGGAAUGGGCACGUCCGCCGCGGGCAUGUCUCCGGAGAAGCACCCCUCGUCCCUCGCCGUGUCCCCCAGAGUGGGGUCCCCCAUACCCCCCUGCCAGACCCCCAUGGACUCGCCUGCCCUGCUGCAGGCUUUAAAGCAGGUCCCCCCCUUGAACUUGGAAACCAAAGACUGAGGACAUUUCAGUAGCCCCGCACUUUGAAAGUGGGCGCUGUUGAGAAGGCAGAAGAGAAGAGGAGAAUGGGAGCAGCCCCUCCCUCAAACAGUAGCAGCGGUAGCCCCCACCCUUCACCACCCAGCAAGCCAAACCCCCCCAGGACCCAUACCUUCCCCUAUGAGACCCCCCCCCCCCUCAUAUCCUGCCCCCACCCCAGCACCUGAGUGGGAGAAGGCUUGGAGGACUGAGAGAGAGAGUUGCUGCGUUGCACUGCAACACACUGUGAAGACGGUGGAUGUGAGGACAGUAAAAUGUGCUGUGGUUGAGAGUGGGAGAUGUCUCCGCUGCUCCUGUGCUGAAUGUCAGUGUAAAUCCUCUGAAUGUGACUCACAGACUGCCCCCCAGUGAUCAGGACCUGCCCUUUGCACACACACACCUUGGUUGAAUGUAAUGAGAAAAAGACAGAAUACCCAGUAGAUGCUGCCUCUGAAGAUGCUGUAGAGCAGUGAUGGGAAGCUCUGUGCCUCCUGCACCUGUAGCUGCUGGAACCAGACUGUCCCUUUUGACCAGUUCACACCAAAUAACCAGUGACACUUUCCCAGCGUUUGCUGUGUGUCAGAUUGGGUUGACCACAACCAUCCCAAAUGACACAUUCCCAUCCUUUCCCAUCACACCAAGCUCCCCCAUCCCACAAAAACAUAUUUUAAGUUUGUAAGUUUGCCAUCUUUAGACCCGGUGUGCACCUUGGGGUGACACACGAUCACACAUGCAUUUUAGUGUUGCGUUUUGACUCCACUACCAUUCGUCAAGUAGAUUGUGUUCUUGUGAGAAAAUGGUAAUGGAACCUGUUGUAAUUAUUUUCUUUAUACUACUUGUACAUCUCUAUUUUUGAUACGUGACCUACAAAGUCUGCAUUACCCAUUCUAUUUAGAGGGAGUUUGAGACAGCCAUUCGUUGUAUGCCAAGAUAACAUGUACAUAGCACCAUGCUAAAGCUGGUUUACCUCACUCUCCGUAUUCAUUUCUGGUCAAGUUAAGCCUGUUCUAUGUUGCCUUUACCUGUUAAAGCUGACAAACUGAUAACAGAUGUUUAACUGUAUUUGAGUAUAUUCUGGAGUCCGAAGUGGAAAGAGAAACGUGAAUGUAAUGUUUUAAACAGAAUAUUAGUUUUGUAUCGGAAGAGGUACUUGGGGUUUUCAUUUUGGAACCUACCAGAAGGUUGCUUGAUGUAAAUAUUUUGUCUAUAAAGUAAAUGUUGAUAUAAAUUACUUAAGUGUAUUAAUAAAAUAUUUUUUCCUGUGGAAAAA